UCAAAUGUUACAAAUACUCAUUCUUUUUCAAACUCAAAAUUUCGUCAAAAUUAUUUUCAAAACAUAUACGAAAAUAUGUUAAAAUAUAUUAAAUUAAACAACGGCAUAUAAAACGGAACCAUAUUUAUCGAGCUAGGUUGAGACUAACGGAUUCAACGUAACUACUACUAAUCAAAAUUUUCCAAGUGUUGCCAUCACGCUCCACAUGGCUCAAGCAAAUAUUGAGAGUAUCUGCACCGCAUUAUGUCAGACAGAAGAUCCAGUACCUGCUUAUCCUGUCAUAACGCGUACGUUAAAAAAAAAUUCAUUACCAGCCUACGAUGCAUUUGGACCGUUCCCCGACGAAACCAUUGUAUCUGGCCUUGAUCGUGCGCUUUAUUUCAUGGGUGCACGGCGUGUGCAGGAGUUUCUACACUUGCCAACACCGUCUAUGGACUCGAGUAAUAGCGAUAUUUCACUGACAGUAUCACCGGUGUCUUGCCCCGAUUCGCAUAGGUCAUGUCGUAAUUGCAGCACCGUAAUAACGACAGACAGCAAAAACAAGAAGCAAUUGCCAAGUUGCUUGAAGUUGACCAAAACCUGUACUUGCGAUAAAUGCCGAGCCAGCACAACAAAAACAAUGAUCUUCUCAAAAAAGCCAUGUUGCACCACCUCGUCAGCGUGUUCGACGAAAAGUAGCUUAUCACGUGCACAAGAAUGUGAGCCACCUAAAUCUUCGAAUCCCUUGAAGCGGUCCUUCUCGAUGUGUUCACUGGCUUGCCGAAAGCUGAAACAAAUGCUUACCUUUCCAUCGAAGGAUAGCAAACCAAAGUGGAUUUGGGCGCGCAUCCACUCCACCUCGAAUGGGUGUCAGGUUUAUGAGAUAUUUAAGAAUUCCAAUGUGUGUACACAUCCGUCUGAGUUUGAGAAGAAACGGACGCCACAAGUGAUUUUUGUCGUACUGAAAAAUGGUGUUAUAAUGCCUUUCGAAAUUUUGCCGUACCACUAAGGAAUAGAGAGAAAGAGAUAAGAAAUGACAGGUGGAUUUUGUUUUCACCUCAAUAUGUAUACGUUUCGGUAAUUUAUUAAUACUUAUGAAUAUGUGGAAAACUGAAAAAAUAUACUUAUAUAAUGUACUUGUACUUUUAA